AUGUAUCUAGUGGUCUGUGAUGCACAACGUCGCAUUUUAGAUAUUGUUGCCAGAUGGAGGGGCAGCGUUCAUGAUUCCCGGAUAUGGGAUUCAAAUCAUUUGAAGGAAGAGUUUGAGGAAGGCAGAAUGACAGGGAUACUAUUAGGAGAUGCAGGUUAUCCUUGCAGGCCGUAUCUCCUAACUCCAUUCUUGAAUCCUCAAACUCCUUGCCAAGAAAGGUAUACAGGGAUUUUUCAAAAUACUGAUUACGAAUUCACCAUCAGAUUUCAACGAUUUUUCUUCAAAAUGGUGGUCGAUAUAUCGACCACCGUGCCGCAAAGGGUUAAAGCAUUACAUAAUGACAUGCAAAUAUCUUUGAUAACAGCGAAGAUUGCUAUCAUAGCAAUGGCUAUUCUCUUCAAUAUACGGAAACAAUUUGACCAUUUUGAUUAUGAUUCAGAUGAUGAAAAAAACAACAGUGAAAAUGAAGAAGAUAAUGCAGCUAUCCCAAAUAGAGCUGCACAAUCUGAUACAGCAUUUAGAUUAGAAUUUGCACAACGACAUUUUUCUUAA